AUGAAACUCGCCGACUACAACACCUCGCGGCGCCGUUCGCUCGGCAAUUCUUCUGAUACACUGCCUUCUCCGUCGACAUUCACGAGCUUCAGAGACGCUGGAAUCAAGUCAGGUUCCCGUGCCGCGACAGUCCCCGAUGGCGCUGCUGGGUUUGGGUUCCACAGCGUUAGUGGGCUCGUGAGAGAGAGGCGACUGAGUCUGGAGGCGAGAGUAGCGGAGGAUGUCACGCAGAAGGCAGAGAGCAAGGCGGCCAAGAAACCUGUAAAGUCAAGAGCGCCAAAGGUCGCGAAAGAGCCAGAGAAGUCGGCGGAGAAGAAGGCCCGGCCAGCGAAGAAGACGGUGCUGGCACCGAAGAUCGAGAUUCCCGAUUCUGAUGGGGAGAGUGUCAUCGAGCUGGAUACACCGCCAAUCAGUGCGCAGGCUGUCCCGGCUGUGCUACGGGAGCUACGAGAUACGGUGGUGCCUGGGCAUGCACCGCCGAAGAAGACGCCUGCGCCCAGAAAGCGGAAACGCAAGGCCGAUGACGAAGCAACAGACAAGGCUGAGAAGGCGGUUAAGCAGUCACGGAUAAAGAAACCGAAAGUCGUUAAGCCGGGAGUUGGGCCAAAGAAGACUGCGAAGGGCACGGGAGAUGCUGCAGCACCGACAGCGAAGAAGAAAACAACGGGAAAGGUGUCAUCGCAUUUCGGCCCGAAGGAAGCAAUAGAGAAGUCUGUCACAAGCAAAGCCGGCACGCCCGAGCCGCUCAAAUUGGAUUUGGAGGGAGCUGUCCAGAGGAGGACAGAGUGGACGCCUGUCAAGAAUACUACAAGUAAUACAGAACAAGACGAUGGGACACAUGACGGGCCGAUCAUUAGCAAUACGCAAGAGAAGGUCCAGCAUCAGGAGGCUUUUCAGAGCAUGGUGGGAAGCUUUGCGUGUGCUCCCCAGAUGCCCGAGCUUGCGAAUAAUACAGAUCCUCUUGCGAAAAGUCGCCGGAUAGAACUAGUUGCCACAUCAAGACCUGAAGUCGCAAAGAGUGCUGCGGAGAGGGUGAAGAAACCGAGACCGUCAAGGAAGAGGCCUACCACAAUCACCGACAGAGCUACCGAGCAUUAUCGCGUGGUAGAACAGCCCCCUGCCCCUGCUCCUCCGUCCGAGAGUCCGUUUUUUGCAUCAGCCAAGACCGUGCCGAGGACGGACGACGUGCCGAGGAAAGGGAAGAUAUCCAAGCCGCGUCAGAAACGCGCUCCUUGCGAGCCGGCCGCUCCUAGGGCCAACGGGAAGCGGAAGAGAGCGGCGUCGCCCAAGAAGAAAGCUACGGUCGUCGUGCCGAUGCUCCUCUCACCUGAAUCAGCCUUGCGGAAGCUUGACACGCAAGACUUUUUAUUCGGGACAUCGAGUCAGCUUGCUCAGCCGGAGUCGCCUUCGUUCAUUCGAGCAUUGCAGAUGUCCUUCAACGACUGUACGGGAGUUGUGGACACUGGUGGGUCCGAGCUGUCGGAUUCGAGACUGACGUCUGUGCGGGGAUCGAGGACGUUGUGGGAGGCAGCGUGGAGAGACGCGGCUAUUGGCGACAAGGGCGUGUGGCAGAGGGGCAGCUCGCAGAUAGUGUCGCCUGAGGAGGCUGAACUUGGGGAGGAGACCGAGAGUGGUGAGGCGGAUCAGCUCGAGGCGUCUGAGCAGCGUCCUGAAGAUCCUGUGCAGUCUCGGGGGGCGGUCAACUCAACACCUGUUACUGUUAUGAUGCCUCCGAAGACAGGGGACACCUCUGACGUGCUAGAGGAGACUGUGGCCACUGAGGCACCGAGACCAGAAACCGCUGCUCCAGCGAUACCUCCGCCGCCCAAGGCGACAUUCAUCUCCCUGAUAUCGUCCCCAAUCCUGACUCCUACGCCUUCGCCGAAACUACGACCUACCGACACGCUGAGCGCAAUCUCUCCUCCACUACCACCUACAUGGGCAAACGAGCAAUCGGUCAUCGCCAUCACCUCAUCGCCUCCCCUGACACUCUCGUCCCCAUCAAGCAACGAUGACUCUGCCCUACCAUCUCCAUCGCGCUUCCUCACCCAAGCACCUGCGAAAUCGCCGUGCCGCGCAGCAAGACUAGCCCUGAAGUCGCUGACACCCAACUCCCGCAUCAGCUUCACGCAGCCGGCGCCCUUCAAAGCAUCAGCCGUCCCCACAGCAAGGCCUUUCCACACUACGUUGAGCCCUCAAAAUAAGAAGAAGAAGAAGUCCGUCGUUGUCGACGCACUACCCACAACACCGACCAAACGCCCCGUCGGCCGUCCUCGCAGGACAGACGUGUCUGAAUCGCCGUCUCCCCCAAAGCGUCCUGUCGGUCGUCCCCGCAAAGACGCAGCAGCCGAGCCUGCAGCAACGGCCCCACCAGUCACCAGUAAACCAAGAAAGUCUCGCAAGACCCCACCAUCAGCAACAGCAGCAGCAGACGACACAUCAUACGUCGACGACGAAAUCGAAGACUCGGACCUCGCCGCCCUGCCCCCUUCGCCCCCCGUGCGCCUCUCGCCACCGAAAGCGCGCAAGACGGACAAGAAGAAUGGUAAGAGUACGACGAGGGAUAGGAACGUGCAGAUUGGCCCCUUGAAUGCCCUGCAGCUCGAGCUCCAACUCAGCCAAACCCCCGACUGCCCGACUCUACACGCGAAUGCAAACGCCGCACAGGUCCGGACUGAUGCAUUGGCGGAUGCUGGUGAUGAGGACGACGUCGAUGACUGGCCCACGCAUCGCGCCCUGCUCUUUCCGCAAAUUACGGCGGCGCUGCGCGAUGAGGCGGCGUUGGGGGGUGGUGGUAGUGCGGACAAGACGAGACUGUGCUGGCUUGAGCGGAUCCUGCUGUAUGACCCGGUUGCGCCGGGACAGUUGGCCGGGUGGCUGUGUGGUAGAGGGGUGCGGACUGGGUGGGUUGAUAGGAGGGGGAGGGGGACAGGGGGGAGGGGCAAGGGCACGGGUAAAGGGGGGAAGGGGAAUGAGAAGGCAAAGGGGAUGGGGAAGGGGGACACGGGAAAGGAAAAGGACAAGAAGGGAAAGGAUAAGAAGAAGAGGGCGGAUGACAACAGCGAUGGUAGUGAUGACAGCGCAGUCGAGGAGGGAGUGGAGGUGGAGGUGGAUGCCAGCAAGCACGGAUACCCAGUCGCGGCGUGGCAGGUGUAUGAGUAUUUGGAGGCGCAUGGGGUGUGUUGCGUGUGGGACGAGUCGUUGCGGCGGAAGGUGUAG